AUGGAAGGAAAAUUCGAAAAUAUUCUCAAAUCAAUUUUCAGAUUUUUACUUUUUGGAGGUGUUGCAGUCAUUUUUGUUGCCCUAAUUACAGUAGCCGUUUUAAUAGUAAUGAUGAGUUCAAGAUGUGAAGAAUUACCUGAUGGAGUAGGGCUGGUUAUGCCUAAAGAGGAGCAAAUUCCAAAAGUCUAUCCACGCCAAUUGACAGUUCUCACUGGCCAAGAAGCCAUUUUCCAUUGUGAAUUCGCCACUGGACAGGUUGAAUGGAGACGGUUGGAUCCUCACGGUCUCUUUGCUGAGUUUCCUUCGGGAGUUGAAAAAACAGAAAAUGGACAACUUAAAGUCCCUGUAGCGGAUACCAAUCAUCAAGGAGAAUUUGCGUGUCAAGUAAAGGAUGAAAGCAAUACCAAAAAUAUGAACACCCCUCAAGUUGUUCGACUUUCUGUGUUAAAUUCAGCAAUAAAAGAGAAUGAGGGAGAGAAGCCUCCUAUAACUAGUCGAAAUGGACGAGAAGAAUUACCUCCACUAGCCUUAAAGCCUCGUGUAGACUCGUACCUAAUGAUUGCUUCUGCCGGUGAACCUGUUCACUUUAGAUGUUGGAAUUGCCAAUUUGCUGAGUGUAGGACAAGCCAUCGCCUUGUUUGGCAAAAAGUUAACGGCAGCAAAGACGGGGAAAAUGAAAGUAAGGUAUUUUGGGGGGAUUCUUGGGAGAGUGUGUGA